AUGCCGAACGUGUUCAGCCGAGACAUAUCUCAAGUUGACCGGGCGUCUUUUCCCUACAUUUUUCAUCAGAAUGUCUCAAUCUCACUUAAAGAUGAGCCUGGAGUAAUCAGAGCCAACCUCUACCUGCCGAAAAAUUUGGAAAAAGCCCCAGUUCUUGUGACGUACGGCCCUUAUGGUAAAGACAUUCAUUACAAGGACUUCCAUGGAAAAUCAUACAGCGAAGUCAAUCCAGCACAUCACUCGGAGCAUUCUUCGUGGGAAACCCCGGAUCCCGCUUUUUGGACCGCACAUGGAUACGCCCUUGUUCGAGCUGAUGAGCGUGGUACCGGCCAAUCGCCCGGCAAGUUAGACACAAUGUCUCGUGGUACAAGUGAUGCAUUCUUUGACGUUGUUGAAUGGUCUGCCGAGCAAUCCUGGUCCACCGGAAAGGUCGGACUCCUUGGAAUCAGUUACUAUGCCGGGAGCCAAUGGAGAGUAGCUGCAAGACAGCCGAAGGGUCUCGCCUGCAUUAUCCCGUGGGAGGGAAUGUCCGACUACUAUCGUGACCGAUGCCGCCAUGGAGGAAUUCUAUCUAACACCUUCAUUGAUUUCUGGUGGAAUCGUCAAGUAGUCACCAACCAGUAUGGUCGGCCCGGCCGUGCUGCGAGCAAUUGGGGUCCUGACACGGUCGAAGGCGACCUUUCCGAAGAGGAGUUGGAGAGGAACAGAAAUGAUCAGACAAUCGACAAUGCUCAACACUAUUUCCGUGACGAUCCAUAUUAUGCGAGCAAAGAAUAUACGCAGCGUGACAUCCAGGUUCCGCUUCUCUCGGUCGCAAAUUGGGGAGGUAUCCUUCUACAUUUGCGAGGCAAUAUCGAGGGCUACAUGCAAGCAGGUUCGCCCCUUAAAUAUCUUCGCUUCAUUACCGGACGUCAUGAUUUGCCCUUCUACUACGAUGAGGAAGUAGCAAUCCAGAAAAGUUUCCUUGACGCGUUCCUGAAGGGGGAGGAUGAUGUCCACGGCUGGUCUAAAGGCAAAGCACCUAAAGUCGACCUCCUUCUUCGCAAGGGAAACGUUGGUUAUAAUAAUUCGGAGGCUGAGAGGACCUUUAAGCGUCGAACUGAAAAGGAGUGGCCUAUCGCACGCACUCAGUACACGCGAUUCUACCUAACUGGGGAUAGAACGCUUACUGAAGCCAAACCCGCCUUCACCGGUUACAAUGGGAAGCUAUCCUAUCGUGCUCUGGGAACCCUGGAAAAUCAGCAGCUAAUUCAGUUUGUGACCGAGCCCUUUAAGGAAGAGAGGGAGAUUACCGGCCACAUCGUCGCUCACUUGAACAUAUCAAUGACUCCAGAUCCCCAAUUUUCCUCUUUUGCAAAUGACAUUGAUAUAUUUAUCACAUUGCGCUACAUAUCCCCAGAAGGUGUCGAGGUUUUCUACACAGGCACGGCGGGAGACCCUGUUCCCCUGUGCAAGGGUUGGCUGCGUGUCAGCUUGAGAAAGAUAAACACGGAACAUCCUAACAACCGUCACUGGCUACCCCAUCGAGAUUACUUCUCGACCGAUGUGCAGCCCGUUAUUCCAGGGGAGAUUUACCCAGUUGAUGUUGAGAUUUGGCCCACAAACGUGGUGGUUGAGAAAGGAAGCAAGAUUGUUCUAGAAGUCUCCUCGGGCGACACCCAAGGCUGCGGCUUGUUUAAACACAACUCAACUUCUGACAGAUGUCCCAAUAAAUUUCAAGGUCAGAACAACCUGCAUUUUGGUGUUGGUCUUGAUAAUUACGUUACUUUGCCAAUCGUUCCCCCAGUCAGCGAAGAUACUCAAAAUCAGUGA